CCCCCAUGUUGCUGGCUGCUAGCAGUCUUUGCUUAAUUUUCGUUUGUUUGAACUUGUUUCUAUUGACAUUCAUUAGCAUAUCCUAUCCUAGGACCUAUGUGCUGUGUAACUUCGCUUGGUUCAGUUGGACGUCAGUGCUCUGCCCAGCUACAAAAUAGCUUGCAAACUCGCUAGUUAGUUUGUAGUUUUAUUUGCAAGCUAGCUAGUUAGCUAACGUUUCCCUGUACUGAAGUUAGAACCCCUUGCCCAAUUUCAAAAGGGAUGAAAUGCCAGGCUCACUGUGUAUACAGUGUCAGACACAAACCACUGUGUUUAGUAAGACCUGCAACAGUUGUUUCUUUAACCAUCCAAAAGAGAAGAUGUUACAAGCGUUGAAUAAGUAUGAUUACGAAUGGGAACACAAUGAUUGCACCCAUUAUAAUAAUAGCUCUCAGAUAUUGACUUCCACUAAAGUAUUGCUCUACAAAUUGCAUACUCUGGGAUUUGUUCCCCUUCUCCUGCUUGGAAAAAGGAGAAAUGGAACAAAACAUAUCGAUAUGGAUUCCUUUUGCCCUCACCCUCAAGUCAUAAAAGAAACAGGCUCUAUUGAAACAUUGAGAAAUAUUUAUUUAGGUCUUCUGAAUGUCACACUUGGCACCGAGUCCCAAUGCCAGUGCUCCCCAGUGUCUUCAGAGCCAGACGGGACCCCCGCACCAGCCGAGGUAGAGGGAGCCCCUACAACAAUCGAUCCCGUGGGAACCCCUGCACCAACAGAGCUACACAGAAUACCCAUAUCCAUCCGACUGAACAUAAUACCCACACCAACAGAGACGUGCAAACACAACACACUAAUCAAUCCAGUGGAAACCCCUACAACUAUCAAUCCAGCGGGAACCCCGACACCAACCAAGCGAGACGGAAUCCCCAUAUCUUUACGACGGAACCUAAUCCCCACACCAACAGAGCCAGGCAAACCAUCCACACCAACCAAUCCAGUGGGAAUCCCUACACCAACCAGUCUAGUUGGAACUCCUACAGCAAUUGAUCCAUCAGGAACCCCUGCACCAACUAUGCUAGACAGAAUCCCCACAUCCAUCAGCCUGAACAAAAUCACCAAACUAACAGAGCCAGGCAAACACUCCACAUCAACCAAUCCUGUGGGAACCCCUUCACCAAUUAAUUCAGUGGGGACCCCUGCACCAGCCGAGCUAGACGGACUCCCCACACCAACAGAACCAGGAAAACCUUCCACAUCAAACAAGCUAGACGGAAUCCCCACAUACAUCUGCCUGAAUGGAAUCCCCACAUCCAUCUGCAUGAACGGAACCCCCACCUCAAUACAGUCCAAAAUCCCCAGACUAAUACAACCCAAAAUCCCCAGACCUAUACAGCCAAAAUUCCCCACACCAAUACAGCCAGGCAAACCCUCCACACAAAAUAAUCCAGUGGGAACCCCUAUACCAAUUGAUGAAACAUCUAACUCCUCUGAGCACCAGGACCAAGAAAUGCAAAGGCCAAAAAGAAAAAUGUGGACAGAUGGAGAUCUAAUCGUUGCUGAAGACGGUGCAACCAUUCAAGCACAAAAGAAAAUCAAAACAACAGAAGAGUGGCUGAACAUGGAUACGGAUAGGCCCACGGUGUCAAGACAUGCAGAGGUAGACACCGAAAUAUUAGAUCAACUAGAAAAACACAAAGAAGAGUCGCUGAACAUGGAUACGGAUAGGCCCAUGGUCUCAAGACAUGCAGAGGUAGACACUGAAGUAUUAGAUCAAUUAGAAAAGAGCAGCAUUGUACAAGCAACCAACAAGCAAACUUUGUGGGCUAUAAACUGCUUUAAGGACUGGCUGACAGAGAAACAGAUGAUAGUGGAUUUUUCAACCAUUGAGAAAUCUGAAAUGAAUGUCCUCUUGCGAGAUUUUUACUGUUCUGUUCGAAGGGGUAAAGGUGGGGAGUAUUGCAUCCCAAGCUAUAUCGGAAUCCGGGCUGGCGUGAACAGAUUCAUUAACCUCCCUCCCCUUAGCAGAUCCUGGUGCUUGAUGAAGGACAGUGAGUUUACCUCCUCUAAUAAUGUAUUUCUUGGGGUACUAAAGAAACUCAGACGAGAGGGCAGGGACAAAACUACCCAUCCUAAGGUGAUUACAGCACAAGACCUUGAGAUUCUUCAAAACUCUACUGUGCUAAGCCCCUACACACCCAGAGGACUAGUGAACAAAGUGUGGUUUGAUAUCCAGUUACACUUUGGCCCCAGAGGAAAAGAGGGCAAUAGACGGCUAACGCCACAGUCGUUUGUUAUAAGGUACGAUGAAAACGGAGCAAAAUAUGCAACGCUGACUUCCAAAGAAGAAAGACCGAACCACAAAGAUGCAGAAGAGCAGAACUGGCAGAAUCGCUGUGGAAUCAUGUUUCAGAACCCUGAUAGUCCACUCUGUCCAGUCGCCUCCUUGGAGAAGUAUCUGAGCAAGAUCCCGCCAGAUGCCACCGCCCUCUACCUCCAUCCUAAGAAGAUGGUCAUCACCAGUGACAGCAUGUGGUAUAGCCAGGAGCCAAUGGGGUUCAACUACCUUUCAUCAAUGCUGCCCCGACUGUGCCAGGAGGCUGGUACAUUGGAAAAGUACACAAACAAUUGCUUCCGAACUUUGCGUGAGGUCAUGUCUGUCAGCAGACUGAUAGUUCCUUGAAGAGUGCCGUAGCUGAAUCGGAAUUAGUUAGGAAAUUACCACGACAAGAGUUAUUGAAAACCAUCCAUGGACAACAGAAAGAGAUGUCAAAUAGGCACAAUGUGAGUCAAGGCAGUGACAUGCUUCAGUUUUACUUCCUACCAGCAACAUUCUCUCGGUCUUAUACACAAAUAGAGAGCUUGACAAGAUGCAUACAGUCCUCACCAUAUGUAUUUGGACACUGAAGCUAAGGUUUUCAUUUUUUUGUGGUGACAGUCCAGAAUGUAACCUUUUUAAAUUAAGGUUAUAUAUUAGGUAUAGAUUUUGCUUUGCGCUGUGACUUUACUAUUCAGAAUUGUAAGCCUUUUAAGCUUUCUUUUCACCAACAAGUUGUACACUACUGGAAACUGUUUAACCAUAAUCAUCCAUUUAGAAAAUGUAAAGUUUAGGGGAAAAAAUCUCAGCACUACGAAGAAUGGAUGGAUAAGAGGAUAUAGUUGCUUCUGAUGGAUAAUUGGGGGAAUUCAUUUUUGUAUGAGAAUUUCUCUAAUGUAAUUUUGUUUGUGGCUGGAAGCAAUUUGAGGUUAAACUUCCUAGAUCUGUUUUUAAAAUGGUUAAAAAUAACAUGUCUACACCACUUUAUACCAUCUCUUGUGGCAAAUGGUCAUACUUACAGCUGUUUAACAAAUUAAUAGAAAUGAUAUUUCCCUAAUUUACAAGAUCUAUUGUUUUAAAGGUUAUGUACCAACUAUCUAAAAUUACCUGUACCCCCUUUAAAUUAAAGAUUUUGAACUUUAUAUCUCUUUCUCAGAAAGAAAUAGAACUAACAAAACAAUUGUGCAAGCUAUAAGAGUGCUUGAGAGUUAAGGUGGUAACAAGAAGCAUGGAAAACCAGAUGAGCCAAACAUAUGUUGCGGGAACGAACAAAAAGGCCCAAGAGAAGUUGUAAACCAUCGGGAACCAGGAAUAAGAACGCAUCGAGAGAACAUAUGGAGUGAAACAACCUAGUCUGAGGGCAUUUGAUGUAGAAUAUGAGUAACAACAAGUACAUGUGUUCUAAAGUGUGUAGGCAUAGUGCACUUGAUUACUUUAUAAUUUUGGUCUACAUGCAUAAUUGUAGCCUACUUUUCCUUCCCGGCACUAGAGCUGCUGAAUCAAGUGCACCUACGCUUAACAGUGCGAAACAAAUGUAAAAAAAAAAAUAUAUAUAUAUAUAUAUAUAUAUAUGAAAGCAAGGCUUUAUUAGUUUAUAAACCAUGUUUUUGGGCUUAUUGUUUUUUGCGGAAAUGCUUGGAGAUCAUGAUAGACCUGUUGGUAACCGCUGUUGUAGCCUUUUACUUACGAAGCACAUCGGAGCAUAAAUUGAAAUAACUUUCCCCACUACAGAUUGACCGUUUAUUAGUAAGGAAGGGCAAAGGCCUGCAAAUGACUAAACCUGAUAUUUGCCCAAAGGUAUACUGGUGAGAAGAAUCUGUAGUAAAACUCAGACUCGAGAAUAAACUGUCUAACAAAAUGAAUAAUUAGACAUUCGAAACCACCUGGAACCAUUUACAAACUUAUUGGAAUGACCACACAAACUGAAAUUGUCAUUCAUGGGCUGCGGGCAACCGUAAUUUGAAAACCACAAAUCAGAAUGUAUAUAUUGCAGUCGAUGACCACCCUGCCACUUGCUACGGGGAGGAGAAUAUAACCAUUAUACAAGAUGGAACUGUGACUGCAAUGAUUGACCUAACAUGUCCAAGUUUGUAGAAAAACGUUUUGUUUAUGAGAAUGAAUGAAAUACCGAGUGAUGAGUUAGGCAGUCAUAGGUAUACUGAGCCCAUAAAGCAUGGAUGAAGACUUUCAUCACUGAAGAAUCAUUCGAUAAAAUGGCAGUAUAUUGCAAAGUAGACUACGAUUAUGCGUGUAGGCCAACAUUAUAAUGUCAAAUCUGAAUGGCUAUGCCUAUAGACUUUAGAAUACUUGUUUUACUGAUUACUAUACAAUACUGGUCCGUGCUUGAACAGCAAUGGAGUGUCAGGAAAUGUAGAAACUGAAAUUCCAAAUUUAAGUGUUGUAGUUAUCCAUCUGACUAGCUUUUGCACUCAACAUGGAAAUAUAAUUGUUGUAUUAAAGAAUACUACAAGGCUUA